AUGAAAUUCAACUUCAUCAAAAAUGACUUUCUUGCCACUAUUGUUCUCAUCUACCCGCAAUUGCACUACGGCUGCGUUCAGGAGCGCAUGGGCUACGACCAACAACGAAUCGCCCAACUUCGACACGAAAUUGGAAUUCAAAGAAAGACAGUUGAAAGGGCUCGGGCGCUUAUAGCGUAA